AUGACUUUUCUUGAAGUAUGUAUUGAGAGUGCCAAUGGUAAACAUUGCACGCUCUGCGCAACUGGAGCAAAAUACACAUCAGAAGGAAAGUGUGUAUGUCCAACAGGAACUUAUUUAAAAGAUGAAAAAUGUGAAAAGUGCAUUGAUGUUAACCGAAAGCCGGUUACAGGGAAAAUGUGCGAAGGAUCAAUGAUGGGUAUUAUUUGGGUGGAGAAAGCUUGCGUUAAAUGCGCCCUUGAAAAUAACUUUGAAGGAACUCUUGUUGAUGGAACAUGUGUGUGCAUUGAAGGAUAUGUCUAUGACACAAAAACUCAGACUUGCGAUCCAUGCAAAGACAAAUUGAAUGAAUUUUGUUUUUCGUGA